AUUACCGUUUCCAGGCUGGAGCACGAGAGACGUUCGGGGGUGGAGAGACACUGACAAAUCAAUACGGCAAUGUCCGCCGGUAACCAGGCAGUCGGGGCUCAUAGUUCGCGAGGAACGCGUCGAAACGUCCACGCGCACGAUUAGUACGUCAGCGACUCUCCAGAACAGUCCAUUGCACUCCAUGUCGUUAUUGUCGUUGUAACGCCGAGACGCUGGUGCUGGUAGUCCAUCUUGUUCCUGCCAUCCUGAAUCUCAGCUUUUCGAAGCGAAGUGCGCCGUUCGGAAGGAAAGAGGCGGUGGUAUCCUCGCACUCGAUGCUUGGGGUUCUUCUCGGGUAACUGACCUUGUGCAACAGCGCUUACGUUCGACUCUCUCGAACAAGAAGUCACUAUAGCGAUUUUGCGACGAGAAUCUUCUGCAAAUUUGAUCCUUCCGCAAAUCAAAGGAUUCCUCAUCAGUCUUCUCCAAAUCAGUUGCUCUCGCAAGUAGAAGAAUACGCGUAUCCUCGGCCACACGUUCGGGCGAUUCCGGACUUGACGUGAGAUAUUGUAUAUAUACACAAGGUCAGACAAGCCGACGGGAGGAGAUUAAGCCGCCUUGCGAAAGACCCUUGAAAGCCACUAAUCGUUAUCAGCGUCGCUAAUAAGGUGGUCUAAUCCUUACCCGGUACCACGAUCGAGCUAAUAGGCACCCGUAAGGCCGUCAGGCUACUUCAACGUCUGGUAGGCGUGAGUGAUUGGUCCUUCCGCACGGAUUUACCGAAACAUCCCCAAAACGGCAACCCGUCGUCGUCGUGGUGCUGUCGGGGCCCCGCCGUUAGCCGCGAGAGAUCGCGAGAAGGGAGUUUGGGGGGAUCGGUGGGAGAAUCGGCCUAUCUGUACGAGACCGGUACUCGCUCCUGGUGCGCCGUUUGCUGGCGGCCCAGUGAGAUGGAAGAGAAGUCCUCUGCCCGAUUUUCCGAAUAUCUGUUCGCCAAGAUGGGCGGGCAGGACGUCUCGGCCUCUCAGGGUCCCCGCAAGGUGACCGCCGACACCAGAAAGUGGAUGCGAGAGAACCUACUGCUCAUGGUUACCCUAUCCGGCGUGCUCUUCGGCGUAAUCCUUGGGUUCGGCUUGCGUCCCUUGGAUCUGGGAGACGACGCGGUGAUGCUGAUUAGCUACCCGGGAGAACUGUUUAUGAGAUUACUGAAACUGAUGAUUUUACCUCUGGUAAUCGCCAGUCUUAUAUCGGGUUCAGCGAGUUUGAACGCCAGGAUGAACGGAAUGAUCGCCGUUCGUACUCUGGUAUACUUCAUACUGACGUCCUUGCUCAACGCUGUCCUUGGAGUAGCCCUAGUCCUCGUUAUUCAUCCCGGUAAUCCUGGCAUCAGGGAAUCGAUCGGUUCCUCGCAUCACGCGAGAGCCGUUAACAUACUCGACAGCCUGCUCGAUCUGGGAAGAAACAUGUUCCCGGACAAUCUGUUUCAAGCAGCUUUCCAACAGGCGCACACGGUAUACGUCCCGAAGAAGCAACCGUUCCAAAACGACACCGACCGGCUGCCGAGUGAAGUUCUGGGGGACGAGGAGUUGAUGAGAGUAAUACAGUACAGGAGCGGUACGAAUACUCUAGGCAUAGUUUUCUUCUGCCUAGUUUUCGGAACGUUUCUGGGAACGUUAGGCGAGAAAGGUCAGGUCGUAAUAGACUUCUUCAAGGCUGUGUUCGAAGUAAUUAUGCGUAUGGUCUCGACGGUUAUGUGGAUGACACCUGUCGGCAUCACCUCCGUGAUAGCGGGCAAAAUACUCGGCGUGGACGACCUGGUACUGGUGAUGUCGCAGUUGGCGUGGUUCAUCGUCACGAUCGCGAUCGGUGUCUUUCUCUAUCAACUGGUGAUCAUGCAACUGAUAUAUAUGGCCUUCGUUAGAAAGAACCCCUUUAAAUUCUACGCCGGCCUGGCCCAGGGUACCCUCACCGCCUUCGCCAUGGCAUCAACGGCUGCCGCACUUCCUGUGACUUUCCGUCUGAUGACCGAGAAGCUUAGAGUCGACCCUAGAGUCACCAGAUUCGUCCUACCGAUCGGUUGCAAUAUUAACAUGGACGGUACCGCGCUCUUCGUAGCAGUGGCUAGCAUAUUCAUCGCUCAAAUGAACGGCAUCUUCCUGGGCUUCGGGGAGAUUAUCACCGUCAUUCUGACGUCCACCGCUGCUUCCGUGUCAUCGGCCUCGGUACCUAGUGCUGCGCUUGUCCUGCUGCUGGUCGUUUUAAGCGCUAUAGACGCACCUGUUAACGAUGUGUCUCUCUUGUUUGCCAUCGAUUGGUUUGUAGAUCGGAUAAGGACCACCAACAAUAUGCUGGGAGACUGUUAUGCUGCAGCCGUGGUCGAGCAGCUAUCUAAAAAGGAAUUAAUGGCGUUGGAUGCAGCAGCCUACCAAUCGGAGACGGUGCUGCCGACCACCAUCGCCAAUGGAUGCAUUUCCGCCAACAGGGUACCUGAUCCUGACACUGUCGUCGUCGAGAUGCAAGACGACGCACGGAUAACGGGGAUCGCCAAGUAAACACGCUUGUUGCCUCGGAGCAUUGCACAUGUCGCGGAGCGUGACGGAGGAGACCGUUUGACUAGUGGUUAGCCUCGCAGAAUAGUUCAACCACCGUAGAGUCCCAUCAACGAGUAAAUAAUCUUGGCUCUGCGAGCUGUUUGAGCGCAUUGACGGGACAACGGCCUGUUCAUCGAGGAUCAAAAAAGGGUACAUAGGUUGCGCCAACGGCGCGUUUAGUUCCUCAGCUUCUCCUUGUUCUAAUAAUUUUCCAAGUUCGUAAGGAUCUUCCGCGAAGGAGUUCUACAAUUCACAAAAUCAAGAGAAACAAAGAGAGAACUCUCACGGUAGCCAGUGCGACGCGAGAAAAUCCUAAGUCAAUAAAUAAUGGAGAAUGCGUUACCACAUGGGGUGCAGAUACAGCAAUAAGAAACGAUAUACGUAUUUUAAAAGCUUCAAUCGAGGCUUCCACAAGUUUGGGAGAAGAAUACUUUCUCAAGAGGAUGCGUGGCAGUCGUUUCGCUGCCGCGCAUUAUUAACUACGCUCGACGUUGUCGAAAUAUAAUUGAAGAGUCGAGGUACGAGUCGUCCAACGACCCUAAGAAAAUUGCAGACUGAAUUGGAAGAGGGCUAAUUCGACUGACCGACCGACCGACUCGAGUUUGAAUAGACGAUAGUUGAUCGUAGGAAGAAGAUUCAUAAAGUAGCAGAAAAAAACCAAGUGAUCACCGAUUCGAUCGCGCUCCCGUAAGAAUCAGUGAUCGUUUCUACGAUCGAUCGCGUAAACAGCGUCGAAUGUGGUGCCUUAUUUCAAUGCGCCAAUAACAGACAGGCGCGAUGAAAGUAAAGAAUUUCUUAAGUUCUUUUUUCGAGUGUACCCUCACGCGCCGGGGGCGUGCAUUAAUGUGUGUAUCGGCGCUGAUUCCAAUUACUGACGCUUUUUCGAUGUAUUUAGAACGUUCUAGGCCCCGCACACCGUGGAUCGAGCACACGACUGUUUUCAGUGACGCGACGGAUACCAGUUUCUACCGAUGAUAAAGAAAUUUUUUACGACGGUGUUGAAAAUAAACUUGAUGUGAUAACAUUGUUAGAUAGCUACGUGCAUAUCUACAUAUCUAGGACACACGAAGCAAGUACAUUUAAUUACAUCUUCAUAUUACUGUAAUACUGUAUUUAGGCUACAUGACCAAAGACCACGCGUACUUCGUAUCGCGUAUCGUCGUCACUGAUCGCAAUCCAAAUCGAGGGAGGGCAAUUAAAACAGACGCACGACAGUGCAUGUUUCUGCGGGGAUCAAUGUUAACCACACGCGAAAAAUACGGCAAAAAAAAGAAAAAAAGACUUACCUAGCGGGCGCGUGACUUUAAAUAGUUUUUAAAAGUCAUAUCGAGAACUAACUAUCGGACCAUUAAUAGACAAAAACUGAUGCGUAGAAACUUACGUGCCCCGCUUUAGAAAGACACGUGUGUUUUUAGACGGAAGGGUGUCGUCGAGACGGAAAUUUAGAAUCCUGAUUGUAUUCAUCGUGUAAAAAUUAGAGAUUCAAAGAAAUUGCAUUUUUUGUCAGUUUAAUAAAAAAUUUUCAUAAGCAAAUUUUCAGAAGGAUAUUAGGAGUUUUCUUUUAGAAAUUGUAUACAGAAAUCACGUUUUUGAAAUUUCUGGUCACGUUCGUGUUUUCGUCGAGUACGAUCACGAAUGUAAAAGACUCUGUCUCGUCGCGCCUUUUCGACUAGUAUUCCCUGUCGUAGAGUAAUAUACCCCUUCCAGUAUAAUGUUGUCCAUUCAAGUAGCUUAGAACAGAUAAAAUCUGCGAUCGUAUGUGAGAGACUAUACGUAUUCGAUCUAAUAAGAGAAUGGGAAAUUAAAUAAGCGCGACUCCUCGUCGAGCGGCAACAAGACUGGACACACCAUAUGAUAAUAUCGUUUUGCUAGACAAUGUAAUUGGUAAACAACCCUCCUAUAAAGGUUUUGCUGACUUUAGGCACUAGGUAGGUAGGUCGAUACGUGUUUCAUCGUAGAGACUGUUUAAAUGUACAAACUAUUCGGGUACACAACAUUAUUAGCGUUCAUGGUAAUUAUUAAUGUUCAUUCAUUAGAGUAUGGAUUUCAUGUUAUUCGGGGUUUUUUUUUGUUUUUUUUUGUUUGUUCGAAAGCGCAUCCGCAAGGAAAAGAAGUUUCUGUUGUUAAGAAGGAAACAAAAGAAGCAAGUGAGAUAUUGUUUUACACUAGCGUAAGAAUUAUUCAAUGCAAUUCGCUGUUAGGGAUAUGUUCCAGAAGAUGUAAACUUAAGGACUAGAAAUCGUAAAAUGCAUGGAUGGCAUUUAUACUUGAAACAUCGAAAUGAGACAUUUGACGAUUGAAGCAAUGCAAGAAAUAGAAACUUAUAGUUGAGAGAACCUUUAAUUGAUACUUAAGAACAGAGAGACAAUUACAGUUGAUAACGGGUACUUUUCAUUAAAGUUUACUUGAACGAAUUAUACUUUCGUUUAUUGUAAAUUUUCGAUUUCAUUUGGAAUACCCUGCCAUUCUUUCGAGUGAUAUAUCGGGUGCUCCCGUUUUCACUCGGCACGUUUUACCUUCGAGCGUUGAGAAAGUGAAAUACUGACUGAUCUAGUUGCGGCGGUAAAACGAGCGGAGGAGAGAAGGGAUAAACUUAUCAAAAUAAUCCGAUGAAUACAUGUUAAAAUACUUAUAAGGCUCAACGUGUUGUAUAACAAGAUGCAAGUUUAUACGUGGAA